AUAAGGAGACACGAGACGAGAUACGAAGAAGACAGAUGAGAAUAUUUACCACGUAAAGAUGCUCAUCGACAUAAUGUUAUGUCGAGGAGAUCAAUGUUAAAUAUCUAAAGAAUCAUAAGUGCAAGGAAGUGCAACAAAGAAAACUGAUAAGAUAUGUUAUGUGCAUAAAAAUGGAUUAAGUAACAAGAUUAAAUGUAAGACACUCAAACUCUCUUUGAAGACACAAUCGUCACUCAAGCAGAGAACUAAAACAAGUCAAGUGCCAAUGCAAAAAUAAAACAAGGUUGCAAAACAAAAAGCAAAGAUGGUUCAACGAGUAUCAGACCCAGAAAAGUCAGUCCCCGAAGACACAUUCUCCCAACUUUUAGGACAUUUCGGAAAAUGGCAACUAAUAAUCUUCCUAUCAGUAUUCCUCAUCAAAUUUGCGUCAGGAUGGGUGCAGAUGACCAUACUUUUCCUGACACCUAAGGUGACAUAUUGGUGUGUAGAGUUCCCCGUGAAUUUUACUGGGGUUAUAGCUAAUGGGAGCUGUUAUAAAGACUGCCUCAAGUAUGGGUAUGAUACGAGUCCUAUGGAAAGCACGAUAGUCUCUGAGUGGGAUCUUGUGUGCGAUCGGGCGUGGAUGGCAAGUUUCACUCAGAUGAUGCUGCAGUUUGGGAUCUUGACUGGGAGCAUCGUUUAUGGAUUCCUUUCUGACAGAUACGGACGGCGCGUCACCUUCCUCGCCUCAAUCUGCGGCCUCGUCCUCUUCUCGUUCUGUGUCCCCUUCUCCACCAGCUACAUCGUCUUCACCGUCUUCCGUUUCUUCCUCGGCUUCUCCACCGCCGGCACCAUGGUUAUCUCCUUCGUCAUCGUCAUGGAGGCCGUAGGCCCCAAGUAUAGGGAGGCCUUUGGAUGUGUGUUCCAUAUUCCUUUCAUCUUAGGCCAUUUGUCUAUACCAGUGUUCGCAUAUUUCUUCAGGAAUUGGGAGUCGUAUACGUUGGCUCUGGCGGUUCCUCAAGUGGUGUACUUGAGUUACUUUCUGAUCGUGACGGAAUCUCCGAGAUGGUUGGUCAGUGUGGGAAGAGUGGAUGAGGCCACGGAGAUUGUGAAGAAAGCUGCUAUCAUGAACAAAAUGCCAACAGACAAAAUAGAAGAGACCCUUAAGAAGGUCUCCCACGAGUUGGUAACCCGCGAGGCGCCUAAAGUCCACUAUGGCGACCUGUUCCGUCCCAAUUUGUGGGUCCGGACCGUGUGCUCCUGUGCCUUGUGGGUCAUUACUGGGGUCACGUUCUAUGGAGUCAACCAGUACAUCAGUCAGACAAGCUCCAGUCUUUACAUUAGUAUUGCCGCUGCUGCCGUUAUUCAGUUACCCGCCAACCUCCUCUCAAUCUGGUGCGUCCGUACCUUCGGCAGGAAAGCCACAACCAUCGCCGCCUUCAUCCUCGGCGGCCUCUGCCUCCUAACCCUUGGAGUGGUCGGCGAUGACUUCUGGCUCAAAUUCACACUCGGAACUCUAGGCGUCAGCUUCAUGUCUAUUGAUGCUGCCACGAUUUAUAUUUACUCAUCAGAAUUAUUCCCUACUGUGGUCAGGAAUAUGGGUAUGGGCCUGUGUUCUGUAGGGAUGAGAUUUGGGUCCAUGUUGGCACCGUUUAUUUCAAAUCUAGCUGUAACUACACCAUGGCUGCCGACGGUUAUCUUUGGGUUCGCCCCGCUGCUUGGAGCGGUAAUUUGCCUGUUGUUGCCAGAAACUAAAGGAAAGAAGUUGCCGGACUCUUUUGAAGAUAUUGAAAGUUAGUUCAGUGCAGUAUUACGAAAUGAACUCGCAUAGCGGGGUUUUGGCAGCAAAAUUGUCAAAAAUGUGAUUUAAACACACGAGAUACCUGCAUUUUCGAGCAGCUUACGGAAGCGAGAGCACUUACGUACCUAUAUAUGUAAAGAUUUUGACCAUUUCAUGAAAUGCCAUUUUAGAAUCGAUUACUACUCUACUUCAUGAUGCGGUUAGGUUAGGUUUGACUUUAUCAUGAUGUGGCCAAACGAUCAUUUCAUGAAAUGGUUGGUUGGCCAGG